AUGGUCUGUGUUUUGCUUCCUUCGGUCACUGUAUGCCAAAGAUCUUCCCACCUAUCUGCUGCGCGAAGAAUGGCAGCCCCUGUUGCUUCCAAGACCAAGGAACACCGUAAGGUCAUCAUCAAAGACUGUAGUGCUGUUUAUGGUCAAUACCUCCUAGGUUCUGUAAAUGCUGACGAUGACCGCUUACCGCAGAUUGUAACCAUCAAAUGCAUCGCCGUGACGUGCUUGCGAGAUGAAUCGGUCUAA